AUGUCUUUCCUGCAAAGCUCAACAAGGACGCACCAUCGCUGGUUGACACGACAGAUAUCAUCCUACCAUCCCCACCAGCCAAGCUCGUCUCGAUCGAUCUUCGGCCUCGGAUGGCCGCUGGGCAAGAAGAAGCCCCCGACGGGCGAGGCUAUGGCAGGCCGCAAGAAUGCGCCAUCCCCCCCGACACGGCUUCUCGAAUCAGACAACCUCUUCCACCCGCUGACGAGCUCGCCGAUCGCAGCGAUGCGGGAGAAGGCGGCGCGGAUCCGGGCGAUCGCACGCUGUCCGGUCUAUCCCGACCAGUUGGUGGGCUACGACUGUCCCGAAUGUGGAUACCCCACCCAUUCUUCUCGAGAGGCCUGGGAGAGCGACGGCGAGAAGGCGAAGUAUUGGCCAAGACUCAGAGAGGCUAACGAGGACGAACACGACCUCAGGUCUCAGCGUCCGAUGCUCGAGUUCGACCUCCCCGACUGCCAGCCCUACGAAGAAACUAUCACCCUCGCUAAUUGGGACUUGCUCCUCUACACCCGUGGUUUUCGCUCAAUCGAUGAGGAUCGCUCGAGACGUCAUGUCUCUAAAUUGCUGACCUACCCGAUGACGAUCGGCGCUAUCUUACAUGAAUUUAGCCCUUACUCUACUCGCAAUCAACGACUCACUCUCGAAGGUUAUCGAUCUCUAACAGCAUUACGCCAGUCACUACAUCCACCUCUAGGAACAAACACAGCGCAAGUAUUAGGCCGGACGAUCAACCCAAUCCGGAUAUUUAUCCUAGGAGCGCGCGCGGAGUCAUCGUUACCACCGGCGGUAUGGUCGCAACUACCGUACCUAUUCCCGUCGCCGGACGUGUCAUUCCAGGUGUAUUUUAUCGGGCCGGAGGUGAUUCUUCCGCAGCAACAGAUCACUGGACCGGAGGGCCCGACGGAGAGCCAGGAUGUCUACAAACGAGGCCGGCCGAACAUGUCCUUUGGCGUGCCCGCAUUCAGCGUUCCCGUCUCUCCGACCUUAACGUUGCAUAUGAUCCAGGGUGCGUAUCGGGAAGUGCAUGGGGCCUUGGGCCCGUUCGACCCGUACACGGACGUCUAUUUCGCCUUUUCGCCCGGCUUCGGCUUCCCCACCGUGCCUAUAGUCCCCGGACCAGGAGGAGGGGCAGCAGAGAAGAGGGAGUCGCAAGCAUUACUGGACUGCCAGUCGAUCCAGCUGCAAACUAAUUGGAACCAAGACGUCAAGCUCAUCCUCGAAGAGAAAUGCGCCCUCUUCGGCGCCGGCUUCAGUCCCGCCGACGUCCAGCGCGACGUUGACGCGCUCGAAUCGGUCGAGGAGAUCAAGGACCAGUUCGACUGGCUGCUCAACCCCGGCGAAAACGUGUUUGCUAGUCAGAAAUGGGAGGUCGCCGAAUUCGAUCCCAGGGUUGCUGUCAAAUCAAACUAUGCUAUUUGGGGAAUCCGAGGCAAGCGGUACGAGGUAGACGAAUACGCAAGACGGGAGAAACUCAGACAGAUUGCUUGA